CCCACAUCUGCAACUACGCGCUGCGCAUCUUGGGGUCACUAUAAUCAACCAUAAUGUACAUCUCUUGCUACAAUUUUCUAGCCGUCAAUCUGUGAUUCGAACAUGAUGAAGAGGAAGCGUGCCAGCUCAGAAGUAGACUCGGACGACGAGAUCUGCAUGCGCCAGACCAAGUUGCAGUGCUCUCAGAACUUCAUCAACCAGACUCCCAUGCAACAAAGUACAGGGCAAAGUUGUAAAUCUACCUCGAACGUAUUUCAUGCCCCUGAGCUGCACAAUUGGUCUGUCUCCUACGACAUCGUUCCCUCCCCGCAACUCACAAAGGAAGACUUCAACUCAUGCUUCGAGCUUAUCAAGACAACUUCCCGAGCCGACUACGUUGCAUCAAGUCAAGGUUGGGAUUCGAGUCGCAAGAUCAAGGAGAUGAAACACCCUGAAAUGCAGUACAUUUUGAUACGGUACUGUGAGCACGAUCCUCGGCCGUCUCCCGGCUCGUUAAUUCAGUCCUCGACAGCGAGUAAAUCGCCGCAUGCUGCAGCUCCGGAUGCUCUAUCUGAUAACGACGCAAAACCCUCAGUUGCCGUUACCUCGACCGACAUCAGUCCGAAUAACGGAGAGUCAACCGCUGUGACUGCUACCCCGCCAUCCCCCUCCCCAGUCGUCGGGUUUCUAUCUUUCGUAUUCGAGAAGGACGACCCCCCAAACGAUCAUGUUGAUGUGGUAUACAUUUACGAAAUACACCUCUCGGCCAGCCUUCGAGGCGCUGGACUCGGGGCACAUCUUCUCACAGUAGUUGAGGAUAUAUGUUACAAACAGAAGUUCAGCAAGGUCAUGCUAACGGUGUUCACGCGGAACAAGGCAGCGAGUGCAUUCUACAGAAAGUGUGGAUACUACAUAGAUGAGGAUUCCAGCCCAAGGAGUAGGGAGGUUCGAGGCCGGAAGAUACCCCCUGACUAUCGCAUCAGAAGCAAGUAUCUCGGACAAAUCGCCAACCCAGAUAGGUGCCCCUUACCAGAUGUUUCUGAGGCGAAUACGAAAGUAUAAAGAGCGCAUUCCCUCCAGUCUGCUCUCAGUGCGUUUUACUCACCACAGCCCAUUAUACUGUUGUUAUACUCGACGACUUGGAUACCUCUGUGUCUACUUCAGAUGUUCAUCUGGUCUUUCAUUUUGCGCUGCAUAACACUACGGUGCCCGUUCACAUGUUUGAAACUUGAACGUUUGAAGUUCGAAUGUAAACAAGUUGUGAUCUACUACUCAGGAUGUAGGGCAGUGCACGUAUUCUUCUAAUUCACCUG